AAUUUGUGACGCUGUUUAAUCUAGACAAGCUUACCAGGCCAUUUCACACUUCACAGUUAAAUAUCACGGUGAUACCGCGUGCUCAACUCUUGUGAUUCAUGUAAACAAGAUCCAGUUUCCAGUAAAUAGAAGCUCAACUGGGAUAUUCCGUUAGUGUUUUGUUACCGUUGGAGACGCAUUUACGAGAAAAUAUUGUUUAUUUAUUAUUGUACACUGUGGUUAAUUAUACUAAGUAUGUUAAGUGAAGAUUGUAUUACGAAUUAUCAUAAGCGAGAAGACAAUAUGAAUAAACUUUGUCGCCAAGUUUCCAUAGAAUCCCCUGGCCCUAUAAUCAAAGAUUGCGUCUUCAGCUUCGAAGUUCCCGUGCCUGAUGUUCCUGCAGAUGGAGCUAGAAUCCGAGUUGUAUGCGCGGGUGCUUGCUACCGAAUGAGAAAUAGAUCUCCAUCUACAUCUAGUGUUUCAUCAAUUUCAAGUAUUCAAUCAACUGAAGAUUCAGGCUAUAGUCCAGCUCAUCAUGGUAUGAGAGAUGGUGCCCUAUUUCCUGGAUAUGAAGUAGCUGGAAUCAUUGAUGCAUUGGGAUCAAAUGUUUCAUCAGACGAGUUACAAAUUGGUACUCGUGUUGUGUUAUACCCUUAUGACGGUAUUCCACAUGGUUACGCCGAGUUUAUUGUGGUACCAGAUUUAUCUUAUUUAGUUAAAGUUCCAGAAACUUUAUCUAUGAGUGUAGCUGCUAUGUUACCUACUGGAGCAUUAUUGGCAAAAAACGCAGUUAUCACCGCUCAUCAACACGUUGAGGAACUACUGAAGGAUAGAGCUGUAGAUCACAUCGUAAGAAUCCUUAUUGUUGGUACUGGAGGACUUGCUUUAUGGGCUCUGAGAAUCGCCGAACAUCAUUUCAAGACCCCUGAACAUAAAAAUAGGGUGAAAAUCACAGUUGCGACUUUAAAAGAUGAAGGACUAAUGAUGGCGGCGGCAGAACUUAAAUGCGUGAACAUUGUUCAGUGGAAUGAAGACCUUUACGAAAAACAAUUAAUAGAAAGGACCAAAGAUGCAUGCAAUGGUUUAGUAGACAUAGUUAUUGAUUUCGGAACUACCUCUAGAUCAUUACACAGAUCUCUACAAUGCCUUAAUAAAGGAGGUGUCGUUUUAGUCAGUGAAGAAGUUGCUGAACGACUUUUACCAAAAUUCUCACGAUUAAUUCAGGAAAGAAACCAAAAAAUAGAGGCCGUGGCUCCAGGUUCUAUAGAACAGCUGCAACAAUUAGUACAGUAUGUUUCACAGGGUGACAUUAAACCGCCCCCUUUCACUGAGUUUUCAGCGGAUGAGACAUCAACAGUGGUACAAAAAUUAUGUCAAUCCGAAAUACCCGGACGCGCCAUUUUGCGUUUUUAUGAUAUUCAGUAAAGUGGAGUUGAGAAUUUAAUUAGGGACUUGUUUAAAUUUUUAGUUUUUCUCAUGAAGCAAAUAUUAUGUUGUCUGAAUAAAUAACCGCAAACUUGCUACUACUCUAGUUAUAUUUUGGUAUAUUUAACCAAUAUACGGUAUGGAUGCACUAAAAAUAUUGUAACAAAAAAGUAUAAGGGAAUUGUGGGUGAGACAGUAUAAACUAUACAGAAAGAAAUAAACAGACCUAAAUCUACAUUGAAAGAAGAUUUAUUUUUAUGUUUAAGAAAAUAAAGAAUUAUUAAAUCAACGUCUGCUAUCCCUCCUAACACAUAUAUCGUGGAUAAAAAUAAUCAUCAAAAGAUAAAAAACUACUGAGCUGGAACAAAAAAACAGAAUUAAAACUAAUUUCACUUUAAAAAUUGCAUCUUAAAUUGCUUGUAUUUCUGGAGUGCUGUUUGAACACACAAACGAUCUCUUGGUUUUGUUUGCUUUUGAAUGAGACAUAACUACAAAGGAGAAUAUUUCUGCAAGGGCUUUCCUAGUAUUCUCAGAAAAUAAGGAGAGAGAACUGGCGAGGUUUAAAGACCAGACCUUUCUUGAUGUGUAUUCUUCAAACUAUUAUUAAACAAUACUGCAGCUUAGCGAUAAGUGAUGCCUCAUCCAUGAGCUCCUCUCCCAAAUUUAUUCUGAGAAAAAUAAUAGUAAAGUUGCAACGGGCACAACAAACGCCUCCUUUUCAGUACUGAACAAUAUUACAACCUGAUUUCUACCAUGUGUUGCAAAAUAAUGACAAUUUUACAAGUAACAGUUAACGUUGUACAUCAAGUCAGAAUCAAAUUUAUGAGUGUUCAAAACCUGUUCUAUUGUAUUAAAAUAUUUUUAAUUUGAAUCCGGUUGAUAGCAGAAACUCUAGCAGCGAGCUUGAUUCUGGCAUUCGUAAACUAUUAGAAGGAUUUCAUUUGAGAAAAACACUAAGCCAUGACCACUCGGCUAUUUUCUAACCAUAUCUUCGUAAAUCUGCUUACCUUUUAACCCUUUUAAAUACAGGUACUUGAUGAUGGCUCGAUACUCCGAUUUUAACAAUUUCGGUGGACAUUUUUUUUCUUUUAAUUUAUUGCGUAACUGUGGUUUACUUUACACUGACACUUCUAUUAAGUUAUUGUUCGUUGCUAUGGUAACGCAAUAUUUUGUUUAUGCAUGGAACGGGUCUAGGCUAACUAGAUAUCAAUACGUCCUCGUAAUGAGAAGUCAUUUUGAUAGCUGAUGGCUUAAGUGACUAACUCUAAACUUAUUGUUUAUUUUGCUCUUAAAUAAAUUUUGGGCCAAAAAUAUUUUGGCGGCACAAAAAUCUUUGUCUCUUACUACAAAACAACCUGGAUUUACGUAGCAGACACAGUUACAAAGGUUUUUCCAGUCAAAUAAGUACUACAAGUAGAUCAACCUGUUACUAUACCAUCCACACUUCCCUGAUGUAAUUGCCAAUUUGAAGUUUUUUAUUUUAUUAACCAAUAAUGACACUAAAAAACUAAAAGAAUUUUUAUUGAAUUAAAACUAGAUAAAGUGUUUAUAUUUUCUUGUUAUACUGAUAGUAAUUUAUUUUGAAAUCUAUUUUUUAUUUUUUUAUGAAAUGGUUUUUCAACCAAAUAAAUUUUAUAAUUAAUAUUAUAAAAUAUAUCAAGUUUAGUUCUUUUUAUUGAUUCACAAGCUUAUGUAAUUGUAGAUGUGGGAAUUUUUUGUUAAUUAAAAGUUAGAAAAUGUGAAUAAUUUUAAAUCAGAUUCUUCCUACAUCUACAAUUUUUGCCAUACAUGUUAAUUUGAAUGUUUGAGAGGCCUCUGUAAAAUAAGCUACUCCAUAUAUGUAAAGAUGUGAUAAGUUUAUAUUUUCUAUUAUUAGCCUAUCUUUUAAAUUUGUAUUUAAGCACGGUAUUAUUAUUUGACUUUUUAUUUGUAAAUAUAAUAACAAACUAUUCAAUAGAUCAUUUAUAAAUGUUAA